UCCUUCUUAUCUCUGCUGCGCGUCCUUCACCACACGUAUAAAGACCAGAAACAGCCUGUGUUGCUUCGCUGUCACUGCCGAAGACAGACAGAAUGCUGCCUGCUGUUGUCAAGCUCUGCUGUGGAAUCUCCUACCCACAUCUGAGGAGUAUGACAGGGCUUCAGCGCACAGCUGUGGCAGUGAUAGGCCAGGAGAUAACACACCUGCAGAGACAGAACCAACAUCACACGCGGAUGCCGGCGGGUUUAAUGUAUAAUGACGCUACACUUGAAGCUGUGCCGGUUAAAGACGAUCACCCGUCGUAUUUGCAACAAGCCCGAGAAGCGAUGAUCAAGGCUCUGCGCGUGUUAAAGGACGAAGACGGAUGGGAGGUGGAGAUCACAGAGAGCAACGGCGACGUGAUCUGCAGCAAAAUGAUGCCGGGCGCCAAGAGGAUCUUCAGGCUGGAGGCGGUUCUGGAAGCCAGCGUGGACCAGCUCCACGAGCUCCUGUUUGUCAGAGUGGAGGAGAUGCAACAGUGGAACCCGAGCAUCAAGCAGAUUAAAGUCCUGAAGCGGGUCGGACCUGAAACUGUUAUCACUCAUGAAAUUUUGGCUGAGACGGCAGGAAAUCUGAUUGGCCAGAGGGAUUUCCUGAGCGUCAGACACAGCUGCAAACAAAAGUCUGGCGUUUUUCUGGGUGGAGCAGCGAUUCAUUUGGAGUCUCUCCCUCCUCAGGCUGGAUAUGUAAGAGCUGAAAACGGACCAACCUGCAUCAUCAUCCAGGCUGUGGAUGACGAUCCAAGAAAAAGCCGCGUCACGUGGCUUCUAAAUAUGGAUUUAAAGGGAAGGCUGCCCAAGUCCAUCGUCAAUCAGGCUUUGCCUCGGGCACAGCUGGAUUUCAUCAGACACCUCCGCCAAAGGCUCACGGCCACCGCCGCGCCGCCGCAGCAGCGGGGGAGGUGACCGGACACCAGGCAGCAGCAGAGCACAGGCCGGCGUCAGCGGCCCGGUGCCCGUCCUGCACAAGCAAGCUGCCUCAUAAUAGGAAUUAAUGCAACCGUGUGCCAUUCAGACCUCAUGACGACGUGCUGAGUAGGAGUCAUCACUCGUCCGAUGACACAGGACUAGCUCUGCAUACGAAUGGGCAAGGUGAUGCCAUGUGACUGAUGGUGCAUGUGAUUAUGACUGGACAAAAUGAAUAAAGUUUCCCACAAGUGAAACGACAGACCUCAUUUCUUUCAAACCUGUUUUACUUUGUUUUCCAUAACCACUUAGAAAUUCAAUAAAUAUUAACAUUUAAAGCUUUCAUUCACAUAUGUAUAUACACAAACUAUACAAUAAACGUGACUCUAUGAACGGCGAUGCAGGAACGGUGUCACAGUCUGAGGACU